AUGUUAGAUUGUCAUUGUUACACCGCACCACUUAAUAGUCUUGUAGAAGUCUAUCGUCAAUUGAAGGUAUGGAGUGAUAGUACUGACUAUACAAUACUCUUCGACUCCUCAACAUCUGAUUGGACUCUCAACUCCGAUCAGUUCGCGCAAAGGGUAUUAAACAAGCAGAACCUUUUCUUUGUUGUCAUCGAUGAGAACAACAACAUCUUUGGGGGCUAUAAAAAGUCUGUAGUGAAAUCAGAGGAUGACUUUCUCAAAGACAAAGGGGCUUAUCUCUUCACUAUGAAUGUCUACGGUACCGUUGGAAUACCUUUAAAGUGCGUUUUAACUCAAAGCAGUGCAAAAGACUCUUUCUUUUUGGGUUCAAAGAGAAAUAGCAUCCUCUUUGCUUUCGGUAAAGGCGACUUGGUCGUUUACAAAAAAGACGUCGGAAAACGAGGAAUCUGUUUACAAUGUUCCUUCGACUAUUACAAUGCUCCUGUCGUUCUUUGUGGGACAACACGGUUCGUCCCACAGCGUGUACUUGUUGUUGAAAUGUUGAAUUAA